AUGGCAGCCAAGACCGUCAGGAUCGCGGGCAAGGAUGUGGAAGUUGGGUCGUUUGACCGUAUGGACUUUGUCCCUUUCCAUGAAGGGCCUGAAGUCCUUCCUCAUGACCUCCUUUUCCACACGCUCCACUCCAUCGCGGCCAGCAACGACAGACCCGCCAUUGUUGACCGGAAGACUGGAUACACAGCGACCUACCAGCAGCUUGUUUCUGACAUUGUCGUGUGCCGGAACCGGCUACGUGCAACCCUCAAGCCCGAAACCAUCGAAGCCAUCCGCAGAGAGCGCGAGGUGAGUAUCCUGCUCUGGAGCGCGGGCUAUGAGUUCACGAUCGGCUUCUUUGCGGUCCUCGCCCUCGGAGCCAUCGCGGUACCGCUCAGCCCGCACAUCACGGUUCCCGAAGCCCUUCACUACAGCCGGACCGUGGCCGCCCAUGGCAUGUUGACGAGCUCUGCGUAUAUUCCCAAGGCCAAGGAGCUUCAGCAGCAUCUCGCGCAAGAGCUCGACUUUAAGAUACUAGGGACGACUCCACUCCUCAAGUCACCGCUGAUUGACAUGCGAACAAUUCGCUUCCAGUCCGGUCGCGUCUACGAUCAGAACAAACCAGCUCUUGUCAUCUUCACCUCAGGAUCAACAGGCCCCCCAAGGGGAAUGGGCCCCCACACGCGGACAAUCCAGUUCCUUCCCGUACACCAUGCGACGGGCCUCCUGUUCAACACGCUUCCAACUCUUGUCGCCGGAGGAUGCGUCGAGUUUGAUCAGGGCAACUUUGACCCUGGUACUGUGUGGGAGAGGAUUAGAUCAGGCGAUUUGAAGACCUUCUCGGCUGUGCCCACCAUUUACGUCCGCCUGCUUCGCCACUGGGGUGCGGUCAUCUCCCAGCGGCCAGACAAAGAGCAAUAUCUCAAGGCAUUAUCGGAGAUUUCCUACUUUGCGUCCUCCACAUCCGCACUCUCCAGGCAGACGUUUACAGAGUGGCUGAAACUGUCGGGCAAGCCCAUCUCGGAGCGCUAUGGAGGGUCGGAGUUUGGGAAUGUGUAUAUCAACCCCCCUGGUCUGUCUCCCGUUCCAUGUUCUGUGGGGGUUGAAAAUCCCGCAAGCGAGUCAAAGUUGGCUGAUGGAGACCAUGGCGAGAUCCUCGUCCGUGGGCCGAUGCUCUUUGCUAAAUACAUGAACGACCCCGUGGCAACAUAUCAAGCCUUUGACAGUGACGGAUUCUACAAGACGGGCGAUAUUGGCCGGCGCGAGGGGAAUAUUCACUUCAUUGAAGGACGAGCCUCUAUCGACACAGUCAUCAAAUCUGGCGGCUACAAAAUCUCCGCCCUAGACAUCGAGAUGGAACUGAACUCGCACCCGAAAGUGGAAGAGGGGAUCAUUGUCGGCGUGGAAGAUGAGGAAUUUGGCCAGCGUAUUGCUGCCGCUGUCGUCCUGAAGAAUCCCAAGGAUACAUUGACGCUGCACGAGCUGCGACAGGAUCUUCGCGCCUCGCUGUCGAACUACAAGUUGCCUACAAUGCUUCGCGUUGUUCCAGAGUUGAAGAAGACCUCAACGAUGAAGAUCCCAAAGAAAUUGAUCAGAGGGGACUUGUUUGGAAGCGCGCACCCGGACAUUCAGAGAUGGGAGAAGGGAAAGACUGAUAAGGAGUCGAGGCUGUAG